CAAGACGCCCCUCUCUGCCUCGCGCCAGGCCGGGCGGAACCGGAAGUUGUCCCAGGUUGAGGAGGGAAGGGCGGCGGCGGAGGCUGAAGCUCCCUCAUGGCGCUCAACCUGAGCCGGAAUGGACCUGCGCUUCAGGAGGCCUACAGCCGGGUGGUGGCCUCGGGGAGCCCGACAGACUGGGCUCUGUUUACUUAUGAAGGUAACAGCAAUGACCUGAGAGUGGCUGGGACUGGAGAUGGUGGCCUGGAGGAAAUGAUAGAAGAACUCAAUAGUGGGAAAGUGAUGUAUGCUUUCUGCAGGGUUACAGCUCCCAAUUCUGGCUUGCCCAAAUAUGUGCUCAUCAAUUGGUUUGGUGAAGGAGUUAAUGAUGUGAGAAAGGGAGCCUGUGCCAACCAUGUCAGCUCUGUGGCAAACUUCUUGAAGGGUGCUCAUGUAACGAUAAAUGCUCGAGCUGAUGAGGAUGUGGAGCCGGAAGCCAUCAUUGAGAAAGUGGCUAAAGCUUCAGGAGCAAACUACAACUUUCACAAAGAAGGCAGCAAGUUCCAGGAUGCUGGCCCUCAGGCACCAGUAGGCUCAGUCUACCAGAAAACUAAUGCCAUGUCCGAGAUCAAAAGAGUCAGCAAAGAUAGCUUCUGGGCCAAAGCAGAGAAAGAUGAAGAAAACCGAAGACUAGAAGAAAAAAGGAAAGCAGAACAGGAGCACAAGCGCCUGGAAAAAGAACGCCGUGAGCGGGAAUUGCAGGAAGCAACUUUACGGGAACAAAGAUUUAAGGCGCGGGCCAGUGAGAUUGAUGCUCAAAAGAAAUUCCAGCAACAACAGGAAACGGAAUCAAGGAACAAAGAUAAACAACAAUGGAAGGAACAGGAAGAGGAGCACAGCAAGCUGCAGAAGGGUUUCCGUAGGAGUGAGUCCGUGGAGAAAGCGCAGGAAGCAGCAUCGCUAAUAGCUCAAAGAUCAAUGAAUCCUCGUGAUAUCUUCAAACAGAAGGAGAGGUCCAUGUCUACAGAAGGAGCAGCCAGCAGUUCCCAGCCAGGCAAGUUACGGAGCCCUUUUCUGCAGGAGAAUAAUCACAUGGAGGUUCCUGCGUCCCCUGUUCAUCCUGCUGUUCAAGAGGUUCACCCUCCUCCUGUGGUUCACUCAUCUGUACAUGACACACCUCCAGUCUCUCCUGCUCCUGAAACUGGUGAUUCUGUCAGACAGAAUAACUACACACCAGCCGCUCCUGUCUACCAGCCAGAAGUGACGCAUGAUGCGGUGUAUGAAGAGCCCCCCAGCGAACGAGUUAUUUAUGAUGAGCCACCUGAGGAACAGUCCGAAGAUAGUAAAUAUGACUACACUGAUGUCUAUCAACAAAAUGUAAACCUUGAGGGCAAAGGUUUAUGUGCUCGAGCUCUAUAUGACUAUCAAGCUGCUGAUGACACUGAGAUCUCUUUUGACCCUGAGAAUAUUAUCACCAACAUUGAGAUGAUCGACGAGGGCUGGUGGCGCGGUUACGGCCCCGACGGCCACUUUGGGAUGUUCCCUGCCAACUACGUGGAGCUUAUUGAGUAGCGGUCCACGCGCGGAGGGAGAACACGAGCAAUACUUGAAGGAAUGACUCUUGUCCAAUCUGAUUCUUUGAGGUGAAAUUGUGUGUGGCUUUUCAAGGGUAAAGUGCCAUUGCUGUGCCCUGUAGCCCUCUCUCUACCAGCCCAGUGAUGCAGAACCGUUUCUUUGCCUUCUUUUGAUUUUCAGGUGAAAAUAGGAAAUCAGUCUUGGCAGCAUAUAAUAGUUUCCUUCUCCUAGGGCUAAAGGCAUUGGCCUAAAAUAUCCUUUCCAGACACAGCAGGACCAAAUUACUUUCUGAAUAUGGAGUAUUCAGGAGAUAGGAAUGACUUAAGGAAAAGCAGAAGGGUUUUCUAAUGCUGGCCAUUCAAGUACAAUUUCAGCUUUCUGAGAUAGCAUAAGGCGUCUUUUAAGAUUGAGCCCUAUCGUCCGCAACCCACUUAAACCAGAAGUUUGCCUUGGAGGAAAUGGACUGUGAGUUCCAGCUUUUGGAGACCAGCCUUCUGGUGGCUGCUCAGGGCAAGUUCCUGAUGGAUCUGUGCAAGGUUUCUGCCGUAUAUUUGUGCAACUCCCUUCUAUUUCAGUGAGUAAAUUUUCAAAGGAGAAGCAUGCCCUCAAACCACAUCCUUUGUGUGAGGACCAAGCUGCUUGGAUUUUAAAAGCUUGGACGUUUGGGUAAUUUCUCCCCUUGCUUUAGAGCAGUGGUUCUCGACCUUCCUAAUGCUGCGACCCCUUAAUGCAGUUCCUCAUGUUGUGGUGACCCCCAACCACAACACUAUUUUUGCUACGACUUCAUAACUGUAAUUUUGCAACUGAUUAUGAAUCAUAAUGUAAAUAUCUGAUAUGCACCAAUACCCAAUACACCCAAAUUUGAAUACUGGUGGGAUUGAUUUUGUCAUUUGGGAGUUGUAGUUGCUGGGAUUUAUAGUUCAUUUAACUCCCAUGACCAACAGAAAAUACUGGAAGCGUUUGGUGGGCAUUGACCUUGAGAGUUGUAGUUCACCUACAUCCAGAGACUAAGCUAGGAUGGAUCUGGACCAAAUUUGACACAAAUCCUCAAUAUGCCCAAAUCUGAACACUGAUGGAGUUUGGGGAAAAUAGACCUUGAUAUUUGGGAAUUGUAGUUGCUGGGAUUUAUAGGUCACCUACAAUCAAAGAGCAUUCUGAACUCCACCAACGAUGCAAUUGAACCAGAUUGGGCACACAUAACUCUCAUGACCAACAGAAAAUACUGGAAGGGUUUGGUAACAUCCAGACAUCCAGAGAGCAUUGUGAACUCAAACAGUGAUGUAUCUGGACUAAACUUGGCACAAAUACUCAGUAUGCCCAAAUAUGAACACUGGUGGAGUUUGGGCAAAAUAGACCUUGACAUUUGGGAGUUGUAGAUGGUGGAAUUUAUAGUUCACCUGUAAUCAAAGAGCAUUCUGAAGCCCACCAAUGAUACAUUUUGGCCAAACUUCCCACACAACCCCCAUGACCAACAGAAAAUACUGUGUUUUCUGAAUGAUCUUUGGCUACCCCUUUGUCCCGACCCCCAGGUUGAGAAACACUGCUUUAGAGCAAAAGCCUUCUGCUCAAAUUCCUUGAAACAUGGAUCCAAACACAAAUGCCAUGGAAGCAGGCAAUAAACAAAUGCCUUGGAAACAGUGCUAGCUUGGAAGUGUGGUGAGCGUUGCUUUAAAUAGAGAAAGCUCGUGUAUGCGUGUGUUGUGUUGCUUGGUUAGUAAAAGGGGACCUUGACUUCUGUGUUAUCUUUUUGGGAACUCUAAAAAGCCUUAUUGCCUUUAGAUAGGAUUUUGAUUAAUUUCCCACUCUUUUUUUUUAAACGAAGCAGAAUAUAAAGACAACAUCUCGAAUUGCUAAGUCAAGCAGGAGUGGUACAACUUUGUGCUGCAAUAAUUGUGUGGUACUUUGCAUUGCUAAUCUGCUAUUUGUUUUGACGUCAAACGUGUUUGUGUCACAUCUGGAUUCAAACAUUGCAUUUGAAAUGACAUCUGUCGAACUUGCAUGGCACAUUGACUACAGGGGUAGGCAGUUUUGAAAAGGAAAAUGAAGUGGUGUUCUUUAUUUACUGUCCUAAUUUUAUAUAGUUUUUAAUACUGGUAGCCAGAUUUUGUUCAAGCAUGUCGACAAUUUCAACAGAAAUUAGGAAACCAUGAAAAUUGACAAAAUCUGGCUACCAGUAUUUUACAAAAACUCUAAAAUUAGGACAGUAAAUGAAGAACAGUAUUCUGAAAACAGGGGAAUUCCAGACAAGAAACAACCAGGGCCAGCUAACAAAGGAACAAAGGAAGGAAGGAGCCAGGUCUUGAAGAUGCAAGGCUUUGCAAUGUUAAUCAAGGUGAUUAAUUGCAAAUUUCACACUUGCCUCCAACAGACAAGAGUUCUUUCUCUCACCCUGGACAUUAUUCCACAGAUAUAUAAACCUCUCUUGCUUAGUUUCCAAUAUACCUCACAACCAGAGCCAGCUAAUACCUCCCAACAAAGGAUUCCCCCAGUCAGGGAGCAGCCAGGCCUUGAAGCUGCAAGGCUUUGCAGUUCUAAUCAAGGUGAUUAAGUGCAACAUUCACACUUGCUUCCAACGGGACCUUCUACAGAAACCAUGAAAAUGAAGAGAAUUUGGCUACCGGUAUUUUUUAAAACUCCAAAAUCAAAACAGUAAAUAAAGAGCAGCACUCUAAACACAAGGGAAUUCCAGACAUGAAACAAUCAGGGCCAGCUGACACCACUCAACAGAGGAUUACCCCAGUCAGGAAGCAGCCAGGCCUUGAAGCUGCAAGGCUUUGCAGUGUUAAUCAACAUGAUUAAUUGCAUCAUUCACAUUUGCCUCCAAUAGACAAGAGUUCUUUCUCCCACCCCGGACAUUAUUCCAUAGAUCUAUAAACCUCACUUGCUUAGUUUCAAACAUACCUCACAACCUCUGAGGAUGCCUGCCAGUAUUAAAAAAAACAAACCUAAAAUUAAGACGGGAAAUAAAGAACAACACUCUGAAAACAGGGGAAUUCCAGACAGGAAAUAACCAGGGUCAGCUAAUACCUCCCAACAAAGGAUUCCCCCAGUCAGGAAGCAGCCAGGCCUCGAAGCUGCAAGGCUUUGCAGUUCUAAUCAAGGUGAUUAAUUGCAACAUUCACACUUGCCUCCAACAGGCAAGAGUUCUUUCUCCCACCCUGGACUGUCUACAGAUACAUAAACCUCCCUUGCUUAGCUUCCAAUAUACCUCACAACCUCUGAGUAUGCCUGCCAUAGAUGUGGGUGAAACGUCAGGAGAGAAUGCUUCCGGAACAUGGCCAUACAUUUCGGAAAACUCACAAUAACCCAUUAUGCUAUUUGCUUGACGGGUCAAAGCUAACGCUGUAGCGAGGUGGAAUCCCAUUCUCUCCUCCUUUUUUAUGCAUGAUGUGAUAACAAUUAUGUGAGCAAGGGAUCUUAAUGCCGCUCUCGGUUCAUCUGCUCCAGCUUCUUUUCCUUUAAUGGCAAUUUGUAGAAUGACGGUUUUAAAGAUAGUCUGUGGGCCCCGCUCAUUAUUUCAUUUCUAAAUGUUCCUUUUGCUUUAAUCUGUGGAAGCUGAACCUGAAUUACCUACUUCAUUUCUGGGAAAGGUUUCUGUUUUAUCCCUUGUCCUCCCCUCCAGUGGUUUGCAAACACAGCUGGAGCCUUUUCAAAACGUGUCCUGUGGUAACUCUCCUUAAGACACAUUACGGGGCCCUCCUCCUCCUCGUCCUUUUGGCUUAGCAGCUUUGAGGAUUCUCGUGAGUGUACUUAAAGAAAUCUAUGCCCUUCUUUCUGUUACAAUAGAGGAGUAUGCCCUUGAGGAUAGCUAUAGCAGCCAUCAGUGGCUUUCUAGGGAUUCUUCAGAGCUACUUUUUUUUUAUUAGGAAUACGAAACAUCAUGCAGAAUCAUUGCUACUUCAGUUGUUGCUAUUCACUGUGCCUCUUGCCUUUGUUCAGACCUCUUUUUCCAAACUGCCAUGCAUGAAGAUUUGGGGUUGGGGGAAAACGCUUGUGACAGGACGGUAUGAAUAAUAAUAAUAAAAAGUGUGGUGAUUAAAACAA